UAGUGGCUAGCUUCGUGAGAAAAUUUCCGGAGUUCUGAUGAGAAGCCUUGACCAGUGGAGCUAAUCCGUGUCGGGUAGAAACAAGUGUCUACCACAGUACAGUGGAAGAUGGUCGCACAACUUCGUGGAUUGGUUAAGAUUAGACAUUAACACCAUUGGAUGCCGGCUCAGUUGUCCAGUAGGUUAAGCGUUCGCGCGCGAAACUGAAGGCCUUGGGUCCGAAUCCCGCAAGCAGGAUCGUAGAUGCGCACUGCUGAGGAGUCCCACAAUAGGACGAAAUGGCCGUACAGUGCUUCCGAGUUUUCAUUAGUGGUCCGACAUCAAUCGGUUCAUGAUCUCAUUUAAAAAAAAUUUAAAUGUUUAACUCAUUAAUAUUCCUAAAAAAAUUUUUCCAAAAAACCUCUUUUUUGUUUUUUGAUGUUUACAAUGAAUUUCAAUUAAAUUUAUUUAGAACUAUCAUGUUUUUCGUGUUGCUGUUGUUGGAAUUAGUGUUUGCUAAAAAAGUGUUUCUCUGUUUAUAAUCUAAAUGACGUUUAUAUUGCUGUUACGUAAUUCGGCUCAAUAAAGUAUAUAUAUAUAUAUAUAUAUAUAUAAUUUUGUCUAAGAAAGUGAAUAACUGAUAUUAUAUUAUUGUAUAACAAUUUUUAAUGAGAUUCAUUUAAUAAAUUGCAUAAUUAUUUAUGUCAUGUAUAUUUAUCACAUUGUGCUAAAUAGUUGAUUAUAUACAUUUGAAUUGAAUUAAAUUCUCAAAUAAUACACAUAUCAACUCAAUAUUAAUGAAAUAAUCAUAAUUAAACUAUUGAAUAUUCAAUUAUAAAUAUAAAACGUUUAAAACACGAAAAUAGAAACAAUUGAAGAAUGACUUCUAAAGAAAAGAAUUCAAAUAUACUUCAAUUACAUCAUAAUGAUGAUUAUAUUGAACAAACAAUUCAAUAUCAACAAUCUAAUAGUCAAUCAAUUAAUGUAGAUCAAUUAUAUGUAAAUAUUGUAGGUGCAUGUAGUAUUUGGCAAUGGUUUACAGCAAUAUUAGUAAUGUUUAGUAAUCCAUCUACUCCAACAUUUCCUGUAUUUGCUAAUUCAAUACCACAACAACGUUGUCGUUUAUCUAAUAAUAUAGAAAAUAUAAUACAUUUAAAGAAUUUAUCAUUAGAACAAGUUGGUAUUAUAAUUGGUCCAUGGAAAAAUAAAACUGAUACAAAUUAUACACAAAUGAAUGGAUGUUAUCAAUAUAAAUUAAAUUGGACAGAAAAUUUAUUUGAAGAAGUAAUUCAUACUUAUGAUAAAGGAUCAUUUCAAUCAAAGUUUAUUCAUUAUCAAAUAAUUCCAUGUGAAAAUGGAUAUGUAUAUGAAUUAAAUGAAUUACAAUAUCCUGGAAGUGUUGUAAUUGAAUUUGAUACAGUUUGUCAACAUAAUUGGCUUGUACCAUUAGGUUCAUCAAUUUAUUUUGUUGGAAUGAUGAUUGGAUUUAUAUUUGGUGGUUGGGCUGGUGAUCAAUUUGGUCGAAAAAAUUCAUCAAUAAUUUUAGCAAUAAUUGAGUUUAUAUUUAGUAUUUGUACAUCAUUGUCACCUAAUUACAUUGUUUAUAUAUUGUCUAGAGCAAUUGUUGCUAUAGCAAAUAUAGGCAAAGUUACAGUUUUAAAUGUGUUAGUAAUGGAGAUGACUAUAGCUAAAUAUCGUUCAUAUAUUGGUGCUGUAAUGGCAUUGGGAUACAAUUUUCUAUUGAGAGCAUUAAUAUCAUUAGAAGCAUAUUUCAUACCGAAUUGGAGAUGGUUAAAUUUGUCUGUAAUGGCACCUAAUUUAUUGUGUAUUUUAUAUUUUUGGUGUUUAGUUGAAUCACCAAGAUGGUUAUUAUCUAAAGGUCGACGUAUUGAUGCACUAAAAUCAUUAAAGUUUGCCUAUAGAGCUAAUCAUUUUCAUAUGAGAAAAAGCAUGAAAUCCACAUAUAUACUUGAUGGAAUGAUUCAACAAGAAGAAGAACUACAAAAAAAUAAACAAGAAUAUGAAUGUACUCCACAAAGCCAUUCAGUUAUAACCAAUAUUCAAAAAAUAAAUCAAAAUAAUCAAAUUUAUCCGAAUAACAAUGAAAGAUUUUUUAUGAAAUUUUUAAAGUCACUUUUUCUACCAUUUUCUACUAGACAAUUGGCUAAAACUACUAUUCUUGGAGUAAUUUUAUUCAGUGGUGAAGUAAUGACAUUCUUUGGUUUACUACUUUAUGCUCGUGCUGUACGUGGAAGUGUUUAUUUAGUUAGCUUUAUCAAUGCAUGCACUAGUAUACCGGCUUUGUUUUUAUCAACAAUAUUAUAUCGUGUUAUACGUCAUCGUAAACCUCCAUUAUUUUUUGUUUAUAUUGUAGCGUCUAUCAUUUUAUUAUCAUGUGGUUUAUACACUUAUAUAUUUAAUCCAGAAGGUGAUUUAAUCCUUGCUAUCGGAUCAAAUUUAUCACUUAUAUUUCUUGCUGCUGGUUUAUUUAUGCUUUAUAUAUAUAUACCUGAAUUAUAUCCAUCUGUUAUACGAUCUCAAGGAUUUGGAACUGUGGCUGGAUUAGGUCGAACUGGUAGUAUAAUCUGUACGUUUAUUAAUCAAUUAGAUAUAUCCAUUGGACAUGGUGUACCGUUAAUAAUUUAUUCAGUUGUAAUUUUUAUGCAAUUAAUUUUAUUAUAUGUUAUACCAGAUACAAGUGGUGAGAAUUUACCUGAUAUGAUAGUAGAAAAAUUGCAACCAAAUAUGGAAAAUGUAAACAAUAUCAACGAUUCAGUAUUUCCAAUAUCGGAAGCAGUGGAAAUGACAAGAAUCUGA